CCUCCCUGCGGCUGGCCUUCCCUCCCUUAGUCCUCCUUGCCAGCUCUUGGCUCCCGCUCACCCUCUCACUGGGCCUCUCGGUGGCCCCGAGGGCUUGGAUUUGCAUACUGGUGCGGGACAGCUCUCAGGGUUCCUGCGGCGGGAGCCACUCAGGCAGAGCCAGCACAUGGUGGGAGGGACAGCAAGAAAGAGCGUUUAAGAAAAAAAAUCAAGAUUUGGUAAUUUUUGUUUUUAAGGCACAUCCAAAGCUCUGAGGAGAGGGGAUUGAAGGGUGGGAAAUUCACUUUUGUACAAACUCCAUAUAAAGAAAGAAGAGACCCAUCGAGGACUGAGCACCUAGCCAACUGGAGACCUGCGAUGUUGGACACCAUCGUCCCUUCCGUGCAAGACCUGGGCAGGCAGGUGCUGCCCACGCUGCUGUCACUGAGCCAGGAGGAAGUCUCUACUAUCUGGGCAAACGUGUCAGAAUUUGUGGAACGACAACUAUCCCUACACAAGGGGGUUCAGAUCCCAGGACUUGGAAUUUUCACUUUCAUGAGACAAAAACUUGAGGUGGGAAACAACAAGUUUAUUCUGAUUCAGAGGCCCAUAUUUAUCAUGGCGGAGAAAUUAGUACAGAUUCAUGGACUCAAGCAAAACAAAAUAUAUAUUCCUGGUGAUAUCCCAGUUGUUCCACUUAAUUUUGUCAUGAUAUCCCUGGAGGGUCCAUUUAGCAGGGAUACAGUGGAAGGAUGUGUGAAGGAGACAUUGCUUUUUUUAUCACGAUCCAUUUCCAUCAAACCAAAUGUGGAAUUUACUUUCAAAGGAAUCGGGGUCCUUGUGAUUAGAGGCAACAAAGUGAAGAUGAGAUUUUAUAAGGACUUCCUUUGUUCAAUGGAUGGAAGUGGGGCUUUGGCAAAAGCCCUAGCAAAUAGGCCGGACACUGUGGACUCCGUGUUGUCUAGCAGAGAGAUCUUAGGGAAGCGACCCAACAGUGUGCUUGCAUUUCCAAGGAUUGAGCUCAAGGAGAUGGAGAACAAACCACCUAUGGAGACCAUUGUAGAAGAAUGUAGAAAGAAUAGACAAAGGAAGUACAAAUUAAAAGACCAGCCAGACAAAGAAGAAGGCAUCAGAGAGAUCUUAUCGCCCAAGAGACUUCGAGAUAAACAAGCUAUCUCCUCUCCCAAAAUGACAAGCAUCAACUUGCUGAAUAAGUUAGAGCGGAAUGGGAGUAGCUGGAAGAUUAUGAACCCUGAAAGCUUAUCAUCUCCAGGUUGUUUGAAAAAUGACAGUGAAAUGAAGCCUCAACUUUCUCCAGUCCCCGCUUGCCAGGAUCAUAAUAAGGCAGGACAGGAAAUGUGUUAUGUGUGUUUGCAACGAGCACAGUGCAAUUCCCCAUUGUACUACAGUGAGGAGACGAAGAGGAGAGAGAUAGAAGAUGAGCGACUCAUUCAGCAGUAUCAAAUCCUGAAGGAUCAAGAGGCUCUCUUAAAACACCAGAUGAGAAGUCUGGCUAAUAGAGAACAAAAUCAGAAAAAUGCUGCCUACAAUCUUGGAGUUGCUGAAGCUAUAAGAAUCCACAAGAAUGAGAAACCUGAAUUUUAUAAAUCUUUCCUGUUUGAUAAACGGCCACUCAGUCCUGAGAUUAAUGCUUUUAAACAAGAAGAAUAUUCCCAAAGUCUCCUGAAACAAAUGGAUUACAGACGGGAAAAGGAAAUAAAGCAAAGACAAAACAGAGAGUUGAUGGACCGCCUAGAACAAGUGCAACUCACAGAGGAACUUGCUGCACAAAGAGCCCAGUAUAUAAAAGAUAAGAUGGAAGAAACACAGUGUUAUAAGAGAGCUUUGGAUGCGCAGAUAAAGAACAAACCCCUGCAACUGCCCAUGUUUGAGCCAGACUCUUGUGAGCCCAUCUUUGGUAAGGAUGAGGGUGAGCUGAUGGUGGAAAAGCGCAAGCGAGAACAGAAUUACAUGAAGCACCAGCUGGAGGCUGCUGCCAGCCACAAGAGGAGAACCAUCCUGCAGCAGCUGGUGGAACAGAAGCGGGACUUGCAGAUGCUUCGGAGGACACAAAAAGAGCACUCAGCGGACAGAAACGCUGAGCUCGAGCGGGUGAACAGAAUCAACCAGAGCUUGCAGGAAGACUGGGAAAGCAGUGCUGCAAUGAAGAGGCAGCGGGACCUGGAGGAGAAGGCUUUUGAGCGGGCAUCAGACAAGCUCUUCCUUCUGGACCAGUGUGAGAAGUAUCAGCGCUGCAAGCAGUGCCAGAGGCGUACCUCCAGUGUGGGUGAGAGCAACCUGUGGCCACUCAACAAGUACCUGCAUGGCUCCCGGUUGUUUGUAUAAAACCCAAAGUUUGGAUUCGUGGUUUCCUGGGGAAAAUUUGUAUCAUUUCAAUGUUUAGGUAUGAUGGUGAAACUACCUAUUUUUACUUUAGAGGGAAAAACUUAUUGCACUGUUUUGGUGCUUUCAGGAGAGGAUUGCUUUUUCACCUCUUAAUGCAUUCACGCAGGCAGGGUCUCCCCUGUCUUCCUCCUGUCCCCACAGAACCCUGCUGCCACUGGGGGCUGGGAAUGGGGGACCCAGCCUCAUUCUGGCUCCUGAGGUGCUGCUGACCCAGCCCUGCUACUCCGUGAUGUUGUGUAAGAAACUUUGUCUUUUCUUCAUCUGUAAUGAACAGUGUCCUAAUAAAUAUUUUC